GCAAAAAAAUAAGAAUGUUUAGCUCAACUCAAAAAUUAAUCGUAAAAAAGAGUGUAUCCAUCCUUUGUUUCAGUUUAAUCCUUCAUUCAUGUCACUGGGUGGAUUUACAAGAAUCCAAAUGUAAAUGUAAAUCCUAACUGGUUUGGUCCGACAAAUGCUAAUUACCCAUAGUUGUCAGAAUUAUAGAACAAGGCAUAUGUCAUUUUCUAUUGAAAACGACAGCAGUUGUAUCAACGCUUAGUAAUCAACACCUCUCUUCCAAAAAUGUUCACUUUGGGCUCAUUUCGAAAACAAAAUUAGCGGUCAUUUGUUCCAAAAAUAGGUUUUCUUUGGACAAAGAGCCAAAGGCGAAGGGCCAAGCUACUAAAAACUGAAGCUAACAAAGGUAACAUCGAGUAAUUUAACGUUAAUGUUGUAUUUUGACUGAAAUAUGUGCAUUUGAAAACGAAAACAACCAGCUGCAGAUGCUCUUCUCUUGUCGCCACCAUUGAGCAGUACUUUUUAUUUAUGUGAUGAGGUUUUCAUAUUAUUCUGCACAAGGAAAUUUUACUUUUUACUUCUGUGAAUGAGCUGUAUGAAUGUUUUUGUUUUCGUGUUUUCUUUGAAAAACGACAGCUGUUUUCCUUUAAGCUUGUUUAAAGGGUUAUUUUUUUAAGCUAUUUGGCAGUGUCUUGCGCACCUACUAAGACAAGACACUGUUUCGACAUAAUGACGUUUUGCUCGGUUAGAAUAACAAUUUGACGUAAAAUUAAAAAUCAACAUGAGCUCGCGCAUUCUGGAAACAGAGAUCUUUUUCCAGGUGUUUUCAUGACAAUUGAGACGUUGUUACCCACGGCCAAUGGCAAGGUAGAAAUAACUGAAUCUUGCCGUGAUAUUAGCCGUCCGUCGAGCUCUAAAUUGGCGAUCACUCUGCGUUGUGUCUACAUACGCGACUAGCUAAGUAGUCACGCUUCAUGGAAUUCACGUCACUAACAGCCAAGUUGUCAAGAUAAUGAGAAUGUUAAACCUCUCCCUGUGGCUGCUGCUCUCUAAUUCGCUGAUGAGUCAGUGGGUGUCUGGCACAGAAGACUUGUACAUUGGAACCUUCUAUGCCGUCAAUGUCUCGUCCAAAGGCUGGAGUUCCAAGGGAGUCAUGCCAGCAGUCCAGAUGGCGUUAGAUCACGUGAACAAAAAUCAAUCCAUUCUACCGGGGUACAAGUUACACGAGGACUCGAGGGAUUCCAAGUGUGACAGUGGUGCCGCUAUCAGAGCAAUGCUGGAUCUAGUGUCCAGGCCACCAACGAAAAUCAUGUUCACAGCACCAGGCUGCUCUCCAGCUGCAGAACCGAUCGCGGAAGCCGCUCCAUUUUGGGGAGCGGUGCAGGUUGGCUACAGUAACACGUCGCCUUUGCUUUCAAAAGACUCUCGAUUUCCGCUAUAUUCUCGCACCAGUCCAUCCGAGACUCUAAAUAACUAUGCUAUAGUGAACUUACUGAAAAAGUUCAACUGGAAACGAGUUGCGAUUCUCGUACAACAGGAUCACAUUUUUACCAAGACUAAAGAGAACCUCGUCACUUUACUGAAACGUAAUAAAAUCACAAUAGUGUUUAUUGACAGUUUUGAUGAACAGCACUUCCACACAGUCAGUCACAUUAAGAGCAAAGAUGUCAGAAUAAUCAUUGGUCUGAUGUAUGAAGAUCAGUUCCGAAAAAUCUCAUGUCAGGCAUUUUUGCAAGGUAUUUAUGGUAGGAAGUAUGUGUGGUUGCUUCCCGGAUGGUACAGUGACAGAUGGUGGGAAAAUAGCGCUGACACCUCAUGUACUAAACACGACAUAAAGUUAGCAGCUGGCAACUACCUAGCUACCAGACCUUUACCUGUCGGAGACUCCACAACCCCUACAAUUGCUGGAAAGACCGCUGUCGAGCUCGACAAGGAGCUGAUGAGAAAAAGCAAAAAACUGAACUACCCCGCUAAUGCAUUUUCGUCUUUUGCGUAUGACGCGAUAUGGAGCAUUGCACUCACUUUGCAGAAGUCGUCCCCAGUCCUCAAAGCUCGCAACAAGAGUUUGUCAAGCAUAACAUAUGGUGACAAGGAAACCACUGAACUUUUCAAGCGAGUGCUUAGGAAUCUAACUUUCAUUGGCAUGUCGGGUACAGUGAAGUUUGACAAACACGGGGAUCGAGAAACUACUAUAGAAAUUUUACAGCAACAAGGCGAUUUGAGAAAAGUGGUUGGACUUUGCAAUACAUCUUCAAGUACUUUAAAUUAUUCGCCAUUUCUGUGGGAAGGGAAAAUUCCAUCUGAUGGAGUUGUUAACGAGACCAAGCUUUAUAAAGCACCAAAGCAACUUACGAUCCUCACACUGGUCACGUCCUCUUUUGGAAUGUUGUUUUCAUUAGGAUGCCUGAUUAUGAAUAUUGUAUACAGAAAGCAUAGAAUUAUCAAGAUGUCCUCCCCGCAUUUCAAUAGCAUCAUAGCAUUUGGAUGUUUCUUGUGCUAUACCCACGUUUUACUGGCUACGUUCGGAAAUUCAAUUGUAUACGUGGGAAAAAGCAGAACUAUUUGUCAGGUCCGCGCGUACCUCAUUGUUGUCGGUUUUACACUGGUGUUUGGAGGGAUGUUGUCAAAGACGUGGCGAGUGUACAAAAUUUUCACAAAUAGGCGUCUGAAGCGACAAAUAGGAGGACUGAACACGGCGCACUUGUUCCUUAAAAUUUUUCAUCUUUUGCUCGUGGAUGUUGUGGUGCUAGUGAGUUGGGAGCUUGUGGAUCCAUUGCAAUCAGAAACAAUUAAAAUCUCUGAAGAGCUACAGCCUGACAAUGAAGACAUUAACAUCAUAACCAUGAAUCAUCAAUGUGUCUCAGAACAUUACUCCCAAUGGGUCCUUGGAAUAAUGAUCUACAAAGGCAUACUUCUCCUUUUUGGGGUCUUCUUAGCCUGGGAAACAAGGAAUGUGCAUUACGCGGAACUCAACGAUUCCAAGAACAUCGGUGUAGCAGUUUAUAACAUCUUACUGUUCUCGGUGGUCUCCAUUACAACAGAGUUUGUGCUCAGCAAUUUCCUGGCCAAGAGAAUCUUUAACAACUCCGUGAUUUUGGUAUGCACGACCCUCGUGCUUUGUUUGGUCUUUCUUACUAAGAUCACUCGCCUUACACGGGGCUCACAAGUGCAAGUAGACGAAGACCGAGAACAUGAGGCAAAACAACAGACUAUUUCCUGUGCUAACAGAAGCCAGUUUAACCCAUCCAGUAUCACUGUGACCGAGAUGGAGCAACCUGUUCGGUAGUGAGUGGGAAUAGAAAUGUCAAUGGCAAGCGGUGGACUGGAGAGUUUACGACAGUCUUACGCUGUAUACCAUGUGGAAAGUCAAAGAUAAAGAGUGUAAAGAACUCGUGAACAUUUUCCCUACAAACUGAAAUGCCACAUUCCGGCUUUGACGUCAGUGAAAGACAACAAAUAGAAAAAGAACUAUUUCAGAAUGGUCCAGGAGGCUAGUAAUCGACUAUUCAAUGUGAUGACAGCAGUUCUUUCAAUACCGAAAGAAUUAAGAUCUACUCGCAAAGUACAUUUUUUUUAAUGCCAAGUCUGUAAAAAAGAAAAUGGUGACGCAGUUAAUGCCUUCGACGCAGGUUCGAUAGAUCCGGGUUACUUGGUUGCAGACUCGUUCCCCGUCUCUAUUUCUUGUUGAAAUGAGGCUAAAGGCUAAAACAAAUAUUAUGUCUAUUAUGAAGGUGGCGGGCUAUGUAGAGAGGAGGAACAAUAGAAAGAAGGGCCGCUCUUUGGUAUUCGUUCCCCUCCGCCUUGAUACAACACGUUACUAUCAAGUCCUUUUCAAGAGUCACUGGGAACGACCUUGACUCUUUUAGGCCGGUUUUUGCUAACUGACCGUUUAACGACGUCUUUCUCUGCCUGGAAGUAAAAAAAAGAUUACCAGCGCACUGUUAGAUUAAUUUGUCAAAAUUCCGGGAAAGACCCAUGCCUGAACACUAGCAUGCCAUUCAGAAGAGUAGCGAUCUACCAGUGGUCGCUUUAUUUUGUGGAAACUAGAGUAAAAAUCCAGUAUGAUAGCUUGGGGAGAGGCGAUAGCCUCACGGUUAGUGCGCUCAACUCCAAAUCGAGUGCUCCAGGAUCGAGCCCUGGCCGGGAUUAUUUGUUGUGUUCUUGGGUAAGACAAUUUACUCGUACAGUGCCUUUCUUCACCCAAGUGUGUAAUUGGGUACCAGCGAAUUUAACUCUGGGGGUAGCCCUGGGAUGGACUAGCAUCCCAGUGGGGCA